GUCCCCCCUCCCCCACCCCUCCCUCUCCCGUGUCACUCAUUGUAAUGACAGCCCACCUCUGGAAUUCCUGCCAGGACUGGGAGACACUCCAUCUGGGAGCCAGCUUACAGACACACGGAGUACAUGAGAGAGAGAGAGAGAGAGGGAGAGAGAGAGAGAGAGAGACAGAGAGACAAAGAGAGGGAGAGUGUGUGUGUGAGAGAGAGAGACAGACAGACAGAGAGGGAACGUGUGUAUGAGAGGAGCAGGUAAACACAGAACAAAGCAGAGAGUGUGUGUGUGUGAGGGAGAGAGAGAGUGAGUCAGAGAGCAAGACAGAGUGAGAGAGAGAGAGAGGAAGAAAGACAGAGUGUAUGUGAGAGAGAGAGAAAGAGAGAGAGAGUGUGUGAGAGAGAGAGAGAGGCAGAAAGACAAAGUGUGUGUGUGAGAGAGAGAGAUAAAGAAAGAGAGAGAGAGAGUGUGAGAUCUCAGACUCCUGCAAGGCUUCCCCUGCAGUUGAACGCGUGGAGCGAGGGAUCAGGGAGGAGAGGAGCGCGAGGGAGACGGAGGGAGAGAGCGAAAGCAGACGGGCCGGCGGACGGAGACAUGCAGCCCCGCGGCUGGAUCGGCGCCCUGCCCCUCCUCCUCCUCCUGUCCGUGGGGAGCGCACACCUGUCCAGGAGCGCCAGACAGGUCCAGGCAGGUAGCCAUCCAGGCGUGUGCCGCUACGGCAGGAGGCUAGAGUGCUGCUACGGCUGGACCAGGAACCAAUUCGGCCAGUGUGAAGCCCAGUGUGAACAUGGCUGCAAGCACGGAGAGUGCGUCGGGCCCAACAGAUGCAGAUGCUUUCCGGGCUACACGGGAAAGACCUGCAGCCAAGAUCUGAACGAGUGUGGCCUGAAGCCACGCCCCUGUGAACACCGCUGCAUGAACACGCACGGCAGCUACAAGUGCUACUGCCUCAACGGGUACACCCUCUCGCCCGACGGAUCCUGCAUCAACUCCAGGACGUGCGCCCUGGCCCACUGCCAGUACGGCUGUGAGGAGGUGCAGGGGGAGAUGCGCUGUCUCUGCCCCUCCACCGGCCUUCAGCUGGCCCCAGAUGGACGGAACUGCAUCGAUAUCGAUGAAUGCACCUCCGGAAAGGAUCUCUGCCCCUACAACAGGAGAUGUGUCAAUACCUUCGGCAGCUACUUCUGCAAGUGCCAGAUCGGAUACGAUCUGAAGUACGCUGACGGGAAAUAUGACUGUGCAGACAUCGACGAGUGUGCGGCCGGCGUCCACCUGUGCAGUCGCCAUGCCGACUGCUUCAACACGCAGGGCUCCUACAAGUGUAGGUGCAAGCCGGGUUUCCGCGGAAACGGAAUCGAGUGCUCCGUAAAGCCGUUUUAUCAGAUCUCCUGGGACGGAGACAGGGGCAGCGCCGAUGAAUCCCUCAACGCCCUCCCCGAGCCUGACCCCCCCGUCAAGUUCCCGCACGGCGGCGAGCGGCUGAAGAACGUGAUCCCCGAACCCGAGGCCACCGCCCCGCCCCGGAUCCGUCUGCAGCCCUUCGACUACGACGGGGACGUCUACAUCGGGAACGCCGAGGAGGGGCGCUCCAACUUCUCCGAGGAAGAGGAGGAGGAGGAGGAGGAGGAGGAGGAGGAGAACAAUGUGGAGAACGAGGAGCUGAGCCCCAGGGGCGACGUCUUCACCCCAGAUUCGGUCAUCGGCCCCGGGACCGAGGUGAAGGACAUUUCGGUGGCUGCUGGGCCGGAGGAGUUCAUCAUGGACUGCAACUUCGACCAGGGGGCGUGCGAGUGGGUGCAGGACAAGGAGGAUGACUUUGACUGGGACGUGUCCUACCACGACAGAGGGGUAGGGAACUACAUGUCUGCGAGCGGUCUCCAUGGCGAACCCAAGGACCUGGCCAGACUGAGGCUGCUGCUUAGCGACCGCGCGCGGAAGAGCGGCUUCUGCCUCACCUUCAACUACCGGCUGGCGGGGACGCGGGCGGGGGCGCAGGUGGGGGCGCUGCGGGUCCUCCUGGACAACAGCGGGUACGCGGUGUGGGAGCACAGCCACGCCCGCGACCCCGACUGGCACACGGAGCUCAUCGCCGUGGCCUGGGAGCAGGAGCCGCCGCAGUCGAUCAUCUUUGAGGCGGAGCGAGGUACGGAUUCUGGGGGAGAAAUCGGGCUGGACAACGUGGUGCUAACUUCGGGUACCUGCCAGGAGGAGGAGCCUGUGAUCUUCUGAGCUGCUUCACACCUGCGUUACCUGCGUAACCCAGGAAACGCAUCGCCGCCCGUCCCAGGUGUCCAUUGUCUACGCUGUCCUAGUCAGGCCUCGUCCCAACUCGCAGAGAGACACCGAAGGGACAAACCAUACUACUUUCGAAAUCUGAUGCAGCUAUGUGUCUCCCCCUUCUGGUCAGCAUUAACCCAACAGUAGGUUUUUUUUGGAACAUUCUAAGCCAGUUCUUUCAAAAUUCUAGAACUCCACUGCUUUCAAUUGCCAGUAGUGAUUGUGACACCAGCAUUAGAAUGUUCAGUUCAGAACAUUCUAAUGACAUGUUUGCGAGCUCACGCCUUAAAGGGUUAAGGAAACACACGCAACUGCAAUACCAUGAGCUGUCCUCGCUGUCCAUCUAUCCACACAGUGUCUCUUUUUCACGCCGGAUCUUCACACAUCAUUUUGUCUGCGUACACUCAUUUACAGCGUACAAAAAAAAAACAAAGGACACAGCUGUCACAACACUAGUUCCUCCUGUGUCAGUGGCAAAGCUAGGGAUUCCACAUGUACUGACUAUUUACACACCCAAGAUAUAUAAAGCUCUGAUAAUGCUGAAGAGCCUGAAAGAAGCCAUCUUUCAUGUUUUCAGUACAUUAAGAAAUGGCUGUCAUUCUGGGCCUCAGCCAGGUUUGUGUGCUUUUUGUGUUGUUUUUGAUGUGGUACAGGUGUGCAGCAGCGUACUGUGUAAUUAACAGAUACUUAAAAUCUGUCGGGCAGGGACUGGUUGCAUUUAGAACACUACAGAUAUCAAUGAACUUUAGAUUCACUCUGUAGUCUUCUCUUAAAUUUUACUUAGCAGUCUUUAGUAGUCAUUAUUGUCUGUUUU